AGCCCAGGACACAGUAGCAGGAUGGGUGGGCGGCCCUCGAGCCCCUUGGACAAGCGACAGCAGCAGCACCUGAGGGGCCAGGUAGACACCUUGCUGAGGAACUUCCUGCCCUGCUACCGCGGGCAGCUGGCAGCCUCGGUCCUGUGGCAGAUCUCCCGAGAGCUGGGCCCCCAGGAGCCAGCCGGAUGCCAGCUGCUGCACAGCAAAAAGCUGCCCCGAGUCCGGGAGCACCGAGGGCCCCUGACCCAGCUGCAGGGCCACCCACCUCAGUGGCAGCCAAUCUUCUGUGUCCUGCGUGGGGACGGCCGCCUGGAGUGGUUCAGGCACAGGGAGGAAUAUGAAAAUGGGGACCGUCCCCUGGGCUCCGUGGUCCUGACAGGGUACACAGUCCUGACUUCCCAGAGUGAAUAUCUCCACCUGUUGGAUACUCUCUGCCCAGAACCCUCAGGACACCAUGCACAGGAAGAGCCUGACCCCCUCUUGGAAAUGCCUGUCAGUUUCCCCCUGUUCCUGCAGCACCCCUUCCGCCGGCACCUCUGUUUCUCUGCAGCCACAGCGGAGGUGCAGCGUGCCUGGAGGCUAGCCCUGCAGGGCGGCAUCCGGCUUCGAGGCACAGUCCUGCAGCGAAGUCAAGCCCCAGCCGCCCGUGCCUUCCUGGACGCCAUACGGCUCUACCGGCAGCAGCAAGGCCACUUUGGCGACGACGACGUGACCCUAGGCUCGGACGCCGAGGUGCUGACUGCGGUACUGAUGCGGGAGCUGCUGCCUGCGCUGCGAGCCCAGACCCUGCCCGGCCUGCGGGGGGCCGGCCGCGCUCGGGCCUGGGCCUGGGCCAAGCUACUGGACGCCGUCCACGCUGCAGUCCUGGCCGGGGCCUCCACUGGGCUCCGCGCCUUCCAGCCCGAAAAGGAGGAGCUGCUCGCCGCCCUGGAGAAGACUAUCCGCCCAGACGUAGAUCAGAUGCUGAAGUUGCGGGAGCGCGUGUUAGGGAGGCUGCAGGCCAACGUCCAGGGUCCCCUCGAGUCGUGCCUGCGCAGGAAGGUGGAUGCGCAGCUGCCCCGGGUCACGCAGACGCUGCUGAGCACCGUGGAAGCUGAACUCACGGCAGUGCAGACCCUCCUAACCCAGGGCAUGGACCGCCUGUCCCGCCACCUGCGUGGGAGCCCCUCCAGCACCCGGCUGCGGAAGGAGGUUUACUCAUUUGGGGAGAUGCCAUGGGACCCAGAGCUGAUGCAGACCUGCUACCGAGAGGCGGAGCGGAGCCGGGGGCGCCUGGGGCAGCUGGCAGAACCAUUUGGCUUCUUUGGAACUCAGAGCCUGGUGUUUGGGGCCCAGGAUCUCGCACAGCAGCUCAUGGCUGACGCCGUGGCUACCUUCCUGCAGCUGGCUGACCAAUGUCUGACCACGGCUCUGGACUGUGACCAGGCUGCCCAGCAGCUGGAGAAAGUCAGGGGGCGCGUGCUGAAGAAAUUCCAGUCGGAUAGUGGCUCAGCGCGGAGGCGGUUCAUCCAUGGCUGGCUGCUCUGCAUCUUCUUGCCCUUCGUGUUGAGCCAGCUGGAGCUGAGCUGCAAAGCGGAGCUGCCUGAGUUCGAAGGGGACGUCCUUGCUGUGGGCAGCCCUGCUCUGACCAUUGAGGGUAUUUAUGAGGAUGUCAUCCGGGGGGUCCUGCUGCAGAGGAUCAAUCGAGAAUUGAAAAAAGCCCUUGGUGCCAGCAACAUGUCCUGCACUCUGGAUGGCUGCUCGGAGCUUCCAUGGGACCAAGGAGAAACAGAUGUGGAAACUGAGGCUCAGAGAGGCACUUGCUCCAGGCAACCAGGCUCCAGCACCGAGGUCUAGCCACUCUGCCCACUGCCUCCUCCAGGGACGUUCCAGAGCUGAAGCUUUGCCCACAUUCAUCGUCAUUCUCAAUGGAUAAAUGUCUACUAGUGGAAUUUCUGAGUCAAAGCAUAUGUACCAGUUCAAGGCUUGUAUAAUCCCCACACCUCUGCCUUACUCCACUCCAGAAAGGCUAUGCCUUUUAACACUCUCACCAGCAGCAUUUAUACGUAUUCUCUUUUCCAAACACUAGGAAUUUUCAUAAAAGGAAAAACUGCCAGUUUGAUAGACACACACACAGAGUGCAUUGUUUUAUUUAAAAUUUCUUUGAUGACUACAUUGAACCUGAAAAUAUGU